UUUUAUAUAUCGCCUUGGCUUGAGCGUGGUCGGAUGUCGGCGGAGCGGGUACGAAUCGAGGCACGUUAAAACUGGGCCGAUGCGGCUGAUCGGAGUGGGCAUGAACACCAGAAUGGAUGUUGUAACUGAUGAUAUCAGCGGAUUCUUCGACCUCAACAUCAGCUCCAGUGUUCAGUCAGGCACAAAACUUCAAAAUGUUUUGGAUCGAGCAGCCAUGUUGGGCUACACGACAGUGGCGGUUAAUGUCACAGUAAACCUGGAUGAAUUGGAGUCAGUUACAUCAAAAAAGAAGAAGAUUAGAAAGGGUGCGCAGGCAGCGGACACACCAUUGACAGACGGUUUUCCAGACCCAAAUGAAAUUCAGUUUUCCGCUCCUGUCUGCUCUGGAACAGGACGGAAGCUUCGGGUCUUGAAGCGCGUAACUCUGGCAUUCUCCGGCCAGGGUGACAUGUCACGCAUCGGGCGGUCCACCAACCUGAAAAGGUUCGACUUGUUGGCAGUUCAGCCGACUACCCAGGCUGCAUUCAACCUGGCGUGCCAGACACUGUCGAUCGACAUCAUCAGCAUCGACCCUCUGUCGUUCCGCGGCUUCAUGCUGAGCCGGAAGCUGAGCGGGCUGGCGUCCCGCCGCGGUAUCGCUCUGGAGCUGGUGUACGCACCGGCGCUCUCGGCGGGCGCUGGGCGCCGCCAGCUGCUUCUUACUGCGCUCACCGUCACUAACGUCACCGGCGGCAAGAAUGUGCUCGUGUCCAGUGGAGCCAACCACGAGCAUCAGCUGCGUGGCCCGUACGAUGUGCCUUCCGUUGCUCAGCUGAUGGGCCUCUCCGCCGCCGCAGCCAAGGCAAGCGUCUCCAGUCUGCCCAAGAGCACCGUCACACAUGCCGUCGGCAGAAACUGCACCGGGUUCUGCAUGGCGCAGCUGGUGCCGGUGCCGGAGGCCGGGGCGGAGCAGACGACCGCCGGCGCCGCGCCUGCCGGCAAGAGGCGUCGCACGACAACCUGACGGCGACUCGGCCAGAUGGCACGUGCUCGCUGGGCGCCGGACCGAGCGAUGCCGCCGGCGGCCUAGGGUGGGGUGCAUAUGUACCGCUCAUUGGUGAUGCGCCGACGCUAGCGCAAAGCUUGAACCUCAUGACCGUUGGUUCCCGCGUUGUCAGAAAUAAAUCGAAGUCUGGAUUUCAGA